AUGGCUCUAUCUACAGUAGCCACUGUCUCUUUCGCUGGCUCGUUGAGCCAGUCACAAGCAGCCAAUGGGCAGCUUUCAUCCGGAACCAACCUAUUAGCUCCACAGCUGCUCAUGAUAAAUUAUCCGUGCUCACGAGACGAACCCGCGAACCGGCGCUCAGUCGCGGUGAAGGCGCUCUUCGGCUGGGGCAAGCCCAAGGCCGACCCGCCGUCCAAGUCUCCCUCGAAAAAGUCACCUCCGGCUAAGGGAAAGGUGUCCAGAGCCUCGUGUAGCACCUGCAGGGGCACGGGCGGUGUGGAUUGCCCCGUCUGCAAGGUAAUGCACUGUUAA